UGUUAUGCGCAACGAUGGCAUGGCUGUUUUCCCCCUGUAGUUUGUUUAUGUACUUCAAUUUUAAUUUCUCUUUCCCUGCUACGUUCACCCUUCUGUCGUUACAGCAUUUGCCCAAGCCAUUCCGUUCAAGUAACUUCCCUAUUUCAGAAUUGUUUUGUUGACAGUACAUCCAACACCAGCGUCACUGCCGUGACCGUUUCUUUUGCUCGCUACGGCCGUCAUUUUUGCUUCAGUAGGAGAUCAUCAACCGGAUUACAGCAUUCACUUCUGUUUUGUUUCUGUUGCGCGGAAAUUCCGCCUCUGUAUAGGAGCCGAGGCCCUUCUGCCUUCUGUUUCCAGCAGAAAUUCUCUCUGCCUCUUAGUUGUACCCUUUUAUUUGUUCUACCACUUCAACUCCGCUUCUUAUCGUCGGCUGCGCUGCGGGAUCGUUCGUUUUUCCUGCUUCUCUCUUUUUUCAUGUGUCGUUCACUCACUCUAUAUCUCGCAGAGCAGUCUUCGAGUGUGACACGGCCUCGCUGCUGUCAUCGUGUUUGGAAUCGUCAGCUUCCAGUUCCCCGUCAAAUCCGUCGAGUUACUUAUCACUUUGAGGGCCUCUGGUUAGUCAUCCCGAUACAAAAAUGUCGCUGUCGCCAGAGUCUGACCGAUCUGGCAAACUCCGACGCCAGUCGGCGCCGAUGGCCCCGGCUAGCGCCAACGAACGCUCCGAGCGACGCGCGUCCGAGUCCGCUCAGCGGCUGUAUCUUGGUCCACGGCGGCUAUCCGUGCCCAGACUGUCGUUGCAGCCCCUGUCCAAAUCGCAGCUGUUCCAGUCGCUAUCAUCAAACCGGAAACUGCUGAUUCGUCGUUGUACAGCCGCCUCCCUACAACCAGCUGAAAUCGAGAGCAGCGAAUGCACGAACGACGGAGAGCCGGAGAAUGACGACGACAAAGGCGUCCAGGGAUAAUUGAGCAUACACCAAUUGUCUGGUUUCAUAUAAUCGUUCGUUCAUAUACCUGCAUAAUAC